AUGUCCAUGGACCUUGACGACGACGCCCCCGUGGCCAUCGGGGGCCAGUCGCAGCAGACUGGCGCCACGAUUCUCUGCUACAACUGCGGCGCCCCCAUCGACGGCACGACGGCGACCGGCGCGCUGUGCUUUGCCUGCGUCAAGCUCACAGUCGACAUCUCCCAGGGCGUCCAGCGCGAGGCGACGCUCAACUUCUGCCGCGACUGCGACCGAUGGCUCAUGCCCCCCACGAGCUGGGUCGUGGCCAUGCCCGAGUCCAGAGAGCUGCUUGCCCUCUGUCUGAAAAAGCUGCGCGGCCUCAACAAGGUCCGCGUCGUCGAUGCGAGCUUCAUCUGGACCGAGCCCCACUCGAGGCGGAUAAAGGUCAAGCUCACCAUCCAGGACCAGGUCCAGGAUGGCAUGCUGCUCCAGCAAACCUUUGAGGUGGUGUAUGUGGUAGCAACGCAGCAGUGCCCCGAGUGCGCCAAGUCGUACACGGCCAACGUGUGGAGAGCCUGCGUCCAGGUCCGGCAAAAAGUGCUGCACAAGCGUACCUUCCUUUUCCUCGAGCAGCUCAUCAUGAAGCACAGCGCCCACAGAGAUACCCUCAACAUCAAGGAGGCCAAGGACGGCAUCGACUUUUUCUUUUCGCAGAGAAAUCAGGCUGAGAAGUUUAUCGACUUCCUCAACUCGGUCGUCCCCGUCAAGGUCAAGUCGUCGCAGGAACUCAUCUCUCAGGACGUCCACACGUCCAAGAAAUCCUUCAAGUUCACCUACUCGGCCGAGAUUGUGCCGAUUUGCAGAGACGACCUGGUCGCCAUGCCCAUCAAGCUCGCCAAGCAGUACGGCAACAUUUCACCCCUCGUCCUGUGCCACAAGAUCGGCACGUCAGUAUACCUCAUGGACCCGCAGACUCUCCAGACCGCCGACAUCAGCGGCCCCGUCUACUGGCGUUCGCCUUUCACGUCUCUAGCAGACGUCAAGGAGAUGGUCGAGUUUGUUGUCAUGGACAUUGAGCCAACGCCGACCAGGAGAGGCAAAUGGGUCCUCUCGGAGGCGACGGUCGCCCGUGCGUCGGAUCUUGGCGUCAACGACAAGACCUACUUCACCCGGACACACCUCGGCCAUUACCUGCAGCCGGGCGACUCCGCCAUGGGCUACCUGCUAACAGGCACAAUGUUCAACAACCCCGAGUUCGAGGCGCUCGAGGAGUCCAACGUGUACUCGUCAACGAUCCCGGACGUUGUGCUGGUCAAGAAGCACUAUCCCAACCGCCGAAGGAACCGCCGCCGCAACUGGAAGCUCAAGCGCAUGAACAAGGAUGAGGGCGAGCUGUUGCCCAAGAAGGCCGACCAGGACCGCAUGGACCGCGAGUACGAAAUGUUCUUGCAGGACGUCGAGGAGGACGAAGAGCUGCGAGCCGCCAUGGCUCUGUAUAAGAACGAGAAGAAGCGCGAAGAGGAGGAGAUGAGCAUAGCGGAGACGGAGACGGACGCCGGGGACGACGCCGGCGUGCCGCAGGUCGACAUGGAAGAGCUGCUGGAUGACUUUGACGAGCUGACGAUGCAGGAGCAAUAG